AUGGCCUCGAAAUGGCUGCCCGCGCACGACGGCUUGCUGCCGUACUGGCUCCUCCUCACCUCUGCCGCCUCUAUCUUCAACACAGUCGGAUGCUACGUCUCCACUGAUAUCGCGCGCCGCACGUACCAGGGCCCAGUCGCCUCGACAGAAGUGACAGGCUUGAGCGGGCGUCUGUUUGGCACCUGGACCCUGCUGGCCACCGUGAUCCGCAGCUAUGCCGCCUACCGUAUCGCUAGUGGCGACAUUUACACCAUGGCCUUUUGGACCUAUGCCAUUGCGCUUGGCCAUUUCAGUACCGAGUGGCUCGCGUAUGGCACGGCGAGUAUGCGCAAGGGCCUGGCUGUGCCUUUUACCGUGGCCUUUUCCACCACCGUAUGGAUGUGGUCUCAGUGGGAUUUUUAUGUCAAGGCUUGA